UAGUCCUCGCUUGUGACCUUCAUUUUCUAUUUACAUGUUGGGGGGAUAAUUACAGAUUCUGUCAGGCAGUGGGUCCCGUUACAGGUUACGAUUACUCCCGGGCAUCUUGCAGUUUGUAGCUGGAACCAUACCGAUAGUCCCCUUACAAUACCAUGAAGUUUGUGGCAUUGAUCUCAGGAGGAAAAGACUCAUUCUUCAAUAUACAUCGAUGCUUAUCACAGGGCCAUGAGUUGGUAGCCCUUGCAAACUUAUACCCCCAAACAAACGAUGAUGAAAUCGAUUCGUUUAUGUUCCAGACUGUAGGACAUGAUAUCAUUGAGCACUAUUCCCAGUGUUUGGAGACCCCAUUGUAUAGACAAGCAAUUACUGGAGGCUCUACUAACCAGAGCUUGGAGUAUUCCAUCACCGAGAACGAUGAAAUUGAGGAUUUGCAUCAAUUGUUAUCGACAGUCUUGGAGAAACAUCCAGACAUUCAAGGUGUGAGUUGUGGUGCAAUUUUGUCUCAUUACCAAAGAACAAGAGUUGAAAACGUGUGUGACCGUUUGGGCUUAACUUCCUUGACAUACUUGUGGCAGCUGAACCAAUAUGAAUUAAUGCAAGAAAUGUGCAACAGUCGUCUCGAUGCCAGAAUCAUCAAAGUUGCAGCAAUUGGAUUGAACUCAAGCCAUUUGGGCAAGUCAAUCUCCCAAUUAUUUCCUCAUCUAGUCAAGCUCAACAGUAUGUACGAAGUGCAUAUAUGUGGAGAGGGAGGCGAGUUUGAAACCAUCGUGUUGGAUGCCCCAUUCUUCAAGAAGAAGUUGCAUAUAGUGGACCAGGAAAUCGUGAACCAUUCUAAUGACGACGUUUCGUAUUUGAAAAUCAAGGUUGAGCAGCAACAUAAGGAACCCGAAUCCCUCGAAUUACCCAGUCCAGUCCUCUUGGAAGAAAAUUUUGAAGAAAUGCUUGACGAUCUUACAAGUGAACCCAAAUUGGAUGCUUUAUCAUUGCUGGACCCUGGGGAAAUUUCAGCAGUAUCCCCAAGUAUCGUUUCGACGGCCACAAAACUAUACGUAUCCAACUUGACUAGUGACAGAUCUGCAUUGGAAGAACAAGCAAAGGAUAUCUUCGAGCAACUCCAGAAGCACCUCAUCCUGAAUGAACUUGGAUUCAAUGAUAUCCAACAUAUAACCCUUCUAUUAGCCAACAUGGGUGACUUUGCUCAUAUAAAUGAAAUCUACUCAAAACAGUUCCAGGGCUUGUACUUGCCUCCGUCAAGAGUCUGUGUUCAAACUGAACUUGCACGAGAAGUGCAAUUAUCGUGCAUAGUAUUGAAGAAUCAAACUGCAUCGGAAAAGUUGGGACUCCAUGUCAGAUCAAGAUCGUUCUGGGCUCCACAGAAUAUCGGGCCAUAUUCCCAAUGCAUUGUUGAAAAGCAAACCGAGUACCAUCUGGUAUCAUUGUCUGGACAAAUCCCAUUAAUUCCAGCUUCCAUGGAGAUCUCUGCAAGCCACACUGGAUUCAAUUCAGUGCUUUCCCUCCAACAUUUACACCGGGUGAAGGCUUUGAUAGGUACAGAGAAACUUGCACUUGUUAUUUGCUUUAUCAAAGAAUCCAGUACCGUCAGUAUUGCGAGAGAUACGUGGAAGAACUACCCAGACUCUAUUGGAAAGCUGUUGGUGAUUGCCGAGGUAUCUGAGCUUCCGAGAGCUGCUGAUAUAGAAUGGAGUGGAACUAGUUACAAGGAUAUUGUUGGAAUGUAUGACGACAGUGACGACGAGUCUGAAACUGACGAGACCGAGCUUGACAGGUUGAUAAACUCCUUCGAGGAUCGUGGAGUCGUCCAGAUAGGGAAAGUAAAGUUACAAUUUGUCACCUUAUUCACCAAUUCCAGCGAUAAAGUGAAGGAGGUGAUCAAGUUCAACAAAAACAUCCAUCAUAUCCAACUCAUAACUAAAAGCCUGUUGUAUAAGGAAUUGGAAACAGAGUAUCCAGGGUCAGUUGAGUUCUUGCCAGUUAAACACAUAUAUAAUUCAGAAGGAGUUCAAUACAAUUAUGGGUUAAUCUGGAGAGUUGAAACAUAGGUAUAAGCAGAAAGAAAUACCAAUAUCUUCUUACUCCUUAUACUCGAUUUUCUGCAACCGAAGCCAUAUUGUUUGAUUGGAUUCAUAUAUAUCUACUGGUCCAUUGAGUGGCAUCAGAUUCAUUGAUUCAUCGUUAUUUUCACGUAUGCCAUGUACAUAAUAACAUCGAGGUCAAAUCUGCUAUAUACAUCCACAUACUGUUUUAUCAUUAAAUAGUAAAAUACAUUUCGUCAUUUUUGUAUAGACUCACAGAGCCUCUCUAGUCUACUUGGUCACAUCACUGCCGUCGCUUGCGGGACCCGUAUAGUACAAAUCUUGGGGUACUUCAAUGUGGUUGGCCCGACACAACUCCACCAAUUUGCGGUUUUCUUCUUUCAAGUGGUCGAUGAAGUCGGCACUUUUGGUCAAGAUGUUCAACUCCGACCGAUUCUCCAGCUCGUUGAGCGUGGGAGUGAGCGACACUAUUUUGUCGAACUCAGA